AUGAAAAAACAUAUUCUGUGGCAAGUACUAGGCCUUUUGUGUGGGCAGGCCUUGGCUGCGCCGCCUCAAAUCGUCUUGAAUGGGUCUCCGAGUAGACCCGAUCGAAAACUUCACGGACGUUUCCUGCACAUCACCGAUAUUCAUCCUGACUCAUACUAUGCAAAGGGGACUUCUCAGUCAUCCCAAUGCCAUCGAAAAGAACGAUCAGACGGGCAUCAGCGGGCAAGCUAUUAUGGGACACCCUUCGGCACCUGUGACUCGCCUUGGACAUUAACGAAUCUCACGUUCAAGCAUCUAGAGGAGCAUUGGAGCUCUGAGAUAGACUUUGUUAUAUGGACCGGCGAUAACGCCAGACAUGACGAAGACCACGAGAUACCUCGACCACUUGACGAAGUAUUCGCUCUUAAUCGUGCCGUUGCAAAGAAGAUGGAAGAUGUGUUCCUCAAGAAAGGAAUACCGGUUGUGCCAAGUUUGGGAAAUAAUGAUGUUUGGCCACACGCGAGUGGUUUCUAUCUCAACGAUCCCUUUGUUUUUCUAACGUUCACCGCUACAGAAUACUUUAUCUCCAGCAUAUGGGAUGCAUUUAUUCCGUCAAACUCCAAGGCCUUCUUCCGAAAUGGCGCGUAUUAUGCAGUAGAAGUGAUACCCGAUGCACUUGCGGCGAUUAGUCUGAACACGAUGUAUUUCUAUCAUAAUAACAAAGCUGUGAGAGGAUGUCUAGUCAAUGACGCCAGCGACCCCGGUAACUUGCAGUUUGACUGGCUGGAAGAACAGCUUAAAAUGUUUCGGGCUCGGCAGAUGCAGGUGUGGGUUACUGGACAUAUUCCCCCGUCUGACUACCACUACUUUCCCGAAUGUUAUUAUCGGUACACGGAGCUGAGCCUGAGAUAUCAAGACAUUAUUUUGGGCAGUUUGUUUGGUCACUUGAACGUCGAUCAUUUCUACUUUGUCAAGGCCGCUGAUCUCAAUGUCAGCCCUGAAGAAGAUCGGAUGAUAUCCCAUAGUUCCGAGGGUACAAUGUUUGAAGCCUUGAUGGCCGACUUUAAAGCCCUUGCGAAGAGGUCAAAGCAUUUGAAUUAUGAUGACUAUGCAGUAGUCAACGUCAGCCCGUCAUUGGUGCCUAAUCCAUAUUUGCCCAGCUUCAGAGUUUUCAGCUAUAACAUCUCGGGACUGGGAUCAACGACUGUGGGUGCCGUCGGUGAAGACGAGUAUCUCCUGAUGACAAAGAAGGAACGAGCCUCCCGAUGGAAGCAUUUACCGUAUCGUCAUGGUAAUGAUGGGAACGAUGGCCGCCAAUGCACGAGUGCGGAAUAUCGGGACUCGUGGAGGUGCAAGUUUCGCCCCUGGCGUUCUGACAGCCACGCUCCGUCGCGGCAAAAUACUCUAUGGACGCCUUUGGGAUAUGCGCAAUAUUACAUGCCUCGACUGGAGGAAUACGGAAAGAAAGAUGAACCCAAGUUUAAGCUGGAAUACUUGACGUUCCCGAUUUCGAGGGUGGGGGAGGGACAUGUACCGCUGAGAAACUUGCCCAAAUCACUCCGCGAAGGAGGGGUAACGGAAUCCAAGCUUGCGCCGUAUGAACUGAAUGAUCUUACGAUACCAUCAUGGUUAGAUCUAGCCUGCGAGUUGGGUCAGCCGCGGGAGAGAAAGCUCCGAAAGCGGUUCAGGAAGUAUAUGUAUAUGGGAGGUAAAGAUAUUUAA